AUGAGCUGGAGCUUCCUGACACGCCUGCUGGAGGAAAUCCACAACCACUCCACCUUUGUGGGCAAGAUCUGGCUUACCGUGCUCAUCGUCUUCCGCAUCGUCCUUACAGCUGUGGGGGGCGAGUCCAUCUACUACGACGAACAGAGCAAGUUUGUGUGCAACUCGGGCCAGCCGGGCUGCGAGAACGUCUGCUACGACGCCUUCGCACCGCUCUCGCACGUCCGCUUCUGGGUCUUUCAGAUCAUCCUGGUGGCCACGCCUUCGCUCAUGUACCUCGGCUACGCCGUCAAUAAGAUUGCACGGCGUGAGGAGAGAGCUGAGAGUGGAGGGGGAAGUGGGGGAGGAGGACUGUCCCAGCGCAGGCCCAGGAAGCUCUACUUCGGUGCCAGGAGGCAACACCGGGGCAUGGAGGAGGCCGAGGGCGACCAGGAGGAGGACCCCAUGAUCUACGAGGUGCCCGAUGUGGAGAGCGAGACAGGGGGAGGCGGCGGGGGAGGAGGAGGCGGGGGCGGCAGAGGAGUUCAGGGGAAAGGCGGCCAGGAGAAAGACAAGGUGCGCCACGAUGGACGCCAGCGCAUCAAGGAGGACGGGCUGAUGCGCAUUUACGUGCUGCAGCUGCUGGCACGCUCCAUGCUGGAGGUGGCCUUCCUGGGAGGGCAGUACGCCCUCUAUGGCCUGGCAGUGCCCUCCAUCUACGUGUGCUCGGGCCGGCCAUGCCCACACAGUGUGGACUGCUUUGUGUCACGCCCCACCGAGAAGACCAUCUUCCUGCUCAUCAUGUACGCUGUGUCGCUGCUGUGCCUGGUGCUCAACAUGUGGGAGAUGCUUCAUCUGGGCGUGGGCACCAUCUGCGACAUCCUGCGCUUCCGCCGCAGACCACUCUCCGAGGAGGACCUGUACGGCCUGGGGGGUGGCAGGGGUCCCGGGGGGCUGCCUUCUCUCCAUGACGGAGGAGCAAGAGUGGGGGGCCAAGGUUACGGCAGCUACCCCUUCUCCUGGAAAGCCCCGUCAGCGCCACCGGGCUACAACAUUGCCGUCAAGCCGCCAAUGCUGCUGGUGCCGACUGUGGCGCCCGACGGGCAGCUGGCCUUCACAGACCCGAGCAACGCCAAGAUGGCGUGCCGGCAGAACCGCGCCAACAUCACCCAGGAGGAGCGCCGGCAGUACACCAGCAACGAGGACAACUUCCCAUCGUCAGGUGUAGUGGGGGACGCUGGCGGCGCCCUCCAGAGUGAGAUUCGGCAGGCCCAGGACCGGCUGGAGGCUGCCAUCCAGGUCUACAGCCAGCAGCAGGGCCACAGCAACCCCGGCAAGCCCCAGCGUGACCGCAAGCACUGGCAAGCCUCCAAGCACACCUCCAGCAAGGCCGACAGGGGAAGCAGCAGCAAUAGCAGCAGCAAGUCGGGCAAAGGCAAGGGCUCCGAUUGGAUCUGA